AUGGGCCAUGGCAAAGCGGGCUCCGAUGCCCGUGCCAGUCCGCCUCCCGGUGAAGACACGUCCUCGACAUCUUCGACAUCAUCGGCAUCCCAGCCGUCGUCGAAGGCGCCAUCCAUUGUCGAUGAAGAGGCCUGCGAUGCCGCCUUUGAUAGGUUACCCGACGAGAUAAUCCAGCAGAUCCUCCUCCUAACCGACCCCGACUCCUUCGCGUCCCUUAUCCUCGUCAACUCGAAAUGGAGACGGGUCUCGCAGCAGGCCCAUCUCUAUGCCCACCAGCUGUCUAAAUGCCCGUCCUUCGCCGCGAGCCACUCGGCCCUAUCCCUCGCCUCUGUCAAGGACGAACAGCUUCCCAAGUUUAGGAGACUCUUCGCCCGUGAAGUCAAGCGCAACCUGUUCCAAGCCUAUCUACGCCCGUCCGAGACGCGAAUCAAGCUCAUAUCCAAUUCCAUCAGUUCGGCGUCAUGUCCCGGCGGAGAGGGGAUGCGUUUCAGCCCAUCUCCGAAAGGUCAUCAUAUCCUAGCCUACAACUCCUCCCGUAUUUAUGUCAUCGACGUACGUGCGCCCGAGAUCGAUAUCAAGCGGGAGUUCAAGAUAUUGCGCCGCCCCGUGUCGGCUUGUAUCAAAGAUGAUGCUACCCUAUUGGCCGUCUUGUCCAUGGAGAUGCAGGUCGACGUUUACAAUCUCGAAAGUUCCCCGCCGAAACGGACCCAGUCUAUCCUGCUCGAUCAUAAACCGCGCACUAUAGCCCUUUCGCCCUGCGGCAGCGUUCUCGCCGCUGCGUAUGAAGGUGGCAUAGAGGUUUCUGCUCUGAACCCGGACGCGGUGACAACAAGCCAGCGCGCCGUCAAGUGCGACGCUGUCGACUCCCUGGCCUUCUCCCACGAUGGGACCCAGCUUCUGGGAACCACUCUACAGUCGUCACACCAGAACACCGUUAUUCUCACCGCGCCUUAUUACGAUCCGGGAAGCCACAUGGCCGAGAACACCACUAGUGCUAUGUGGACCACUUCUAUCCUCUUCCCCAAUUCGAGCCGCGAUUGCAGCCACGCCGUCCUCGUGCAGGAUUCCGACAACGAGGAAGCGAGCUGGACCUUCACCUACGACCGCAGCUUCGAGACUUUCCGCGCCGUACGCAUCGACGACCUACGUAAUGGCACCACCUACUUCACCGGCCCUCUGCCUCAAGCUGCCUCGUCGACUCCAUUGUUGCCUUGCACACUUCCAUCAGCCUCGUAUCAUGGCGAGCUAGUAUCUGCUGGAUUUCAGGGUAAAGAGGUUUGGAUUUAUGGCGUCCCCGAGGACCUCAGCGCCGUCAACCCGCAAUUGAUUCUUCCGUACGAUGGCGCGACUCCGCCUGGUGUAUCCGGCAGGCGUGGCGGUGGUCACUCACCGCGAACUGCGCCGAGGAUACCAGAUGCUGAGGAUGUAAGGGUGCCCAAGUGGCAAGUGCUGUGCGAUAGCCAGCGAAAUAUGCUCAUCUCUGGUCGCAAGAUUACUGAGCUGGAACCGGUUAGCCAUGUGAAAUGGGUUGCCGGAUUCGGAGGCCAUUCCUCUAAGGAACGCCUAGUCAUCACAGCCCGUGGAGUGAAUGGCUCGAGACUUAUUACCGAGGAGGAAGACAUCGAUUUCGUAGACGGUGGCAUCAUCUCCCUCUUAGACUUUGAUUAUGGCUUCGAGGAUGGCAAGAGGAAAGACAUCACCAUUGAAGUUGGUACCAAUAAUGCUGAAGUCCUCGAAGAGGAAAAGCGUGACCUCGAUACUGAGGUCGCUUUGGUCAGAAGACGCACGGUAGCCCAACGCCGGGGCGGUACUGGCGGUGCCCUGCAUCGUAUGGCUACCACGACAAUCCCUCCGAGAAAUCCUCGCCCACCCCUGCCCAGCGGCGCGCAUGAGGAUGACGACGAUCCCUUACAACCAAGACGCAUUGGAGUGUUACCAAGGCCCCCUCAGCCCGUUCCGCAAGUCACCUUUAACGAUGACAACGACACCGAUUCCAUCGAGGAGCAAGAGGCUUUGGACGCGCCCUAUACUCAAUCCAACCCGCGAUCCGUCUCUACCCUGCGACGAGCCGCUACCGCUGCGGCCAUGAGCCAGCGACUGCGCGAGACGCGCUUCGAGUACCGCCGUGCCGAUGGUCGACGGGAGCAUCCUCACGAAAGCGAUGCCGAUAACUGGGUCCCACCCCCGCCCCCUUACCAGAAGGAUGCGGUCGUCGAUCUGCCUGCUUUCCUUCGCCACCCCGCCAUUACGCCUGCAAACCUCACCGAGCCCCACAACCCUCCAACUGCUCCCUCUGCCCACGCCACUUCCUCGAGACCAGGCGAGAGGUCCUGGGCCCGAAUCAACAGUAUCAAUAGCAUCCCGCCCAUGCCAGCGAUCCCCCGUCAGUUUACCGACCCGGGGACCCUAUCAAGUGCUUCCCCCUUAGCUGGACCAAGCAAUUCGCUCCGACGCAAUAACAGCGAAUCCUCAUCGAGCCGGCGACGCCCGCUCUCCGACACAUUCUCGGACGCUCGCUUCACAGUUUCCACUCUCCAGUCUCCUUCUGCUGCGAGUGUCGCAGCUUCCCGCUACUGGGAUGACGCCGACCCGAAUCGUCGCCUGACGCAGUCGCCCGUCAGCGACUCGACAACCGAUACCCUUUCUUACCGACAUAGUAUCCGAGGACCUUAUUCUAAUCCGCUAGCGCUGAACCCACCCGCAAUGAGACCGGUCGCCGCUGAGGGAAAUCUCCGUAGAAGAGGACAGCAGCUUCAGAGAAGUACAACUUCGGGGAGAAGCGAGAGAGAGUUACGAGAACAAUCGCCAGCAUCUUCUCAAGCUUCGCGCCAAAUAUCGGCGCCCCAACAAUACCAACCACAGCAGUUAUCCCGCCGAGAAGGGCCACCCACUCUUGAUCUGCAUAUUCCGUCGCCUACGCUAUCUACAACGGCGUUCAACAGGCAUAGCGCUACUUUCUCCAGGGAGAGUAGGAGCGACUUAACACCGAUAUCCACGAGGUCCCAAGUGAACGCUCCCAACUCGCUCUCGAGUAUCCUAGAAUCAAACCAGGCACCGGGUGAGCAUGGCACUGGAUACCCUCGGUCCGCACCGCCACGCGCAGAAAACUUCGGCAUAUUGACCGCUUCCUGGCUACCCGUAGUCCCAGGCACCGUGGCCGGCCCCUCAUCGGCUGCCGCGAACCCCUCUUCUCAUCCGCGCGCCAUGACCCCGGGAGCCUGGCACCGCGCCCCCACGCCCCCGGAUCAACCCCUGAUCAUCAGCACGCCAACGGGCGUGUCCGGCGCCUAUGAUCCUCCGGAGCGGAACCCGUCGAUGCGCCGCUCAGAAACGCCCGUGUUCGCACCCACACCGCGCCGUCCCCAACCGCGAACGGAACCGGGCGUCCCGGGCCCGUCGAUCGAUCGCAUCGAGAAUUACUACAAUAAUACGCAGCUGGGCCAUAGCACGUCGACGGCGUCGAGGCAGGCUAAGAUGCACAGGCGCCGGAGCCGCAUUGUUAGGCGGACGGCGUCGAGGCGGAGCGUGGCGAGGAGCGUUAAGGAGAGGCGGAGGGGCAAGUUUCGACAUAGUGCUGGCGCGAGGAAGAGGGGCGGGCCUGAUGUGGCGCCGGCGGCGAGGAGUGGGACUGGGACUGGUUGGAGUGGUACGUAUGACUAUGUUUUUGAGGACUGGAAGGGGAAGGAUAAGAAGUGUGUUGUGAUGUGA